AUGUUUGGUGAUACGAGUCGGCAGGUGGAUGAGGACCGCAUUUUCCUCGAUGUGGCCGCCGAUCGAAGGAGGAGAAGCUCGUUCAACUCUCGGGAAAAAGCCACCAAUCCACCGACCGAUUUCACCAACCCAAAACCCAAAAUGAAGACCGUCUUCUACUUCACCUCCCUCCUCAUCCUCGCUCUCGGCGCUCUCGCUGCGCCAGCGCCAGAGCCCGUGCCAGGUCCCGACUGCAGUGGUUGCGUUGGCAGCUACAAUUGCUGUGUCUGCCAGACGGGUGGCGACAACUGUGGGCCGCCAUAG